AUGGAGGACAGCCGCCUCCCCAAGCGCAUGCUGUUAGGAGCGAUGGCGGGGCGCGUGGGAUACCGGGGCGGGCAGGAGAGCGACUGGGUGUCUCGUCUCGGAGAGGACCUCGUGGCCUUCAACAUGGGAGACGAAAAGGAAGGGGGGAAAUGCAAAGAGAGCGCCAAGGACCCGGAGGUGUGGUACAACAAGGUCGAGGACGGAACGGGGCGGCAUGGUUCAUGAGGAAAUGGCACAGGCAGGAG